AUGUUUGAAACAAAAGCUUCCCAAGAAAUUCCAAAGAAUGCAAAGGAAACUUAUGACCAAGACGAAGAUUACAAAGUUCCAAUAUUAAAUUGGGAACAAGUUCGUGAAAUCAUUGAAUGGGGCCGCCUAGAACUUCUCAUGCGGGAAAAAAAGGUCACGACCGAAUAUCGACGAUUUAGAAAAGAGAAAAACAGAGAAUACGGCACUAUAGAUAAUUAUGUUCGUAAAAAAAUUUUAAAUUGGUCUGAUCUUCCUGAAAAUCCACAAAUUUCUGGUGCUGCUUCUAUUACCGUUAAUAAUUCGUUCUCAACUGACAAUACCGCCUCACAUGAACAACACCCAACUUCGCAAUAUUUUUAUGCUGAAGUCCCACCAACUCACUACGCGCUACUUGAGAAUGAUUUCCCGUACGCCAUAGAACCAUCAAUCAAGCAUUUUAUUCUCUGGUCUAAGCUCGCCUUUACUCCAGGAUCAAUGCAGGAAGUUGAUCGAUUUCUGCGUGCACAGUUUCCUUGGAAUAAGGAAUGGUUGUUUUGUGUUAAUCCACCACAUUUACAAAGCGUACAGGGUGUGUCGCAUGCUCAUGUAUUUGUUAGAGAUGUAUCAUCAAACUUCAACAACUGUGAAAAUGAUCAAACAGAUGAAAAACCGAUGAAAAUGAGUAAUUAUUCUGAGAUUAUCUAG